GUGUACCGGUACGUAGAAGUUUUUUCUUCGGCAUGGAAAUCGAUCGAAGAAUGCCAAUGGGGAAGAGAGGGCCGACGGGUAGAUGGACAGACGGAUGGGAAUCAAUCUCUUUCGAACCACGGUUGGCAAAAAGGAACGUGGAGACUGGAGACCAACGGAGCGAGGGAAGCAAAAAGGAAGAAACAGAAAGAAAGCAAGCCAAGGAAAGACCGCAGCACACACAAUCUGUUUCCACCACCAACACCACCCACCCAACUACAACCAUGAGCCAGCAAUUCAUCCAGCGCGUCGUCAACUACGUCGCCAACGAGAUCAUCGUCAAGGGCCUCGCCAAUUCCCGGACCUUCCAGAGGUUUGCCGUCCGGACCAACCAGCAGUACGAGGAACUCAACAAGCAGGGGACCGAAAAGAUCGCCAGGACCAUCGAGGACCUGGCCAAGAGCCAAGCGGGUCCGUCCGGUGCGGCCUCCGCCGGCGGUGGUUCUGCCGCCUCGGAAGGAGGCGGGCUCCGGGCUCCCCAGAGGCCCCUCCGCGGGAUUCCGGGUUUCGUCGUGGCCUUUUUCGGGGAGAUCCGGAAAGACCUGGCGGGGGGCCGGUAGGGAGGGCUCCACCGGGAACGCCCGGGGCAAGACGGGACGGGACGAGACCCGGAGGCGACGGACGAAGCAUCUCGUCUCGUCCCGCCCGGUCUCGUUUCGCUUUGCUUCGGUCGAAACCCCCGGAAACGUGCACUCCAGUGGACGCCGCUUCCCAGCUCCACCCAAGCGAACGCAACACCAAGCCAAUCCAUACAACUCCGCGCCGAUCGUUCACUGAUUGCUCUGCUAUGGAACGGCUGUCGAGUGGUAUAGAUACUCGUUCGGACCGCACUGCAACGGAUUGGACUCGAUUGGAUUGAAUUGCCAUUGAAAUUGCCAUUGCACUGCCUUGCUUUUGUGAUCGAACGGGACACACCGCGCCCUGACCGAGUCGAUUGGUCCGGGCCGUUUCGCCGGAGUGCGUGACGCGGCAGCAAUGGUUGCCGCCGCCUUCUGUGCCGUGCAUCAUUUCGAAAGCUGCCGCCGGUGCGUCGCACAAAUGCAUACAGCGCCGAUGCACAAACCAAGAAAGACACUCGCACGCUGCUGGAUGCGCGAAAUCGGCCCUGAAAGAAAAAAAACAGCCACGAAGCGCUGAUCCGCGCCGCGGACCUUGGUGGUCUCGUGGUGGUGGCUCGCGCGUCGACCCCAACGCAGAAAGCAAGCCAUGCGGCCCGGAGCCACACCACCCGUUUACAUGUAAAAGUAUUCCAUAACAUUAAAACACUGCUCUCUAUGCUAAGCUUCGAUGUGACGUGAUACGAAUCAUGUGUACAAACUUGGAACGCCAAACUAGAUUUGGUUUCGAUAUGCACGAUGGAUGAUCUGGUGAAUCGAUAAAUAAUGAUGCCAUGGGUGCCGUUUUUUUUGUCUUUUCCCAGCAGUGCGAGUCGACACCUUUCUUGUACGGAUCCAUCCAAACAAAGCGCAACUACGUACGGAGCUAGCCAAUAGGAGCACUACGAUUCGUUACUGCAUUCUGCAUGGGUAUGCAAUCCGCACACAGUUUUUGCAGCAAGAAUCAUAGCUGUAGAAAAAAUCACAACGCAAUGGUAGAACUUUAUAUAAAAAUACUUAUUAACU